CCAUUGCGGGCUAUGCAACAGAAAUUUCAAGACCGCCAGCCGUUUAUUGCGACACGAAAGAGAAGCCAAGGUCCACCAGGAUAUGCUUGCGGCUCGUGGGGAGGAGGUACAGCCGUGGGUCCCUACCAAGGGCAAGUCCGUCAAGCCACGCUGCCAACGGUGUGUCAAGAGACAUCACGCGUGUGACAGGCAACAACAUUGCGGCAGAUGCAAAGAUGACGGCAUUCCCGCCGAGGAAUGCAUCCAUUAAGCGCUAGGCGUCGGCGGGCAGGACGGCGGAGGCGAGGAAGCCGGCGGCGCCGAUGGGGGAGAGCGUACAUUGCGAGCAGAGAUGGUGCCAUUGUUGCAAAAGACUGAUCCUGUGUUCGCGCUUGUUGUUAGGGGCGAGUUUGAAGAGUUUGAAAAGGUGGAAGAAUUGGAGCCGAAGGAGGAGAGGGCUACUAGUAAGGGUUUUUUUGUCCCCCGGGUAGAGCGUGCAUUGCGAGCAGAGAUGGUGCCCUUGUUACAGAAGACUGAUCCUGUGUUCGCGCCUGUUGUCAAGGGCGAGCCUGAAGAGCCUGAGAAGGUCGAUGAACCAGAGGAGCCGAAGCAGGAGAGGGCUGCUAGCGAGGGCCUUUUUGUCGCUCCGGACGCCGCGGCUAACGAAGCUGACCCCUUCGCCGAUGACCAUGACACAACCAUGGUGGAUGCUUCGAUUGUGGACACUUCGGUGGUUGACGCAUCGAUGGUAGAUGCCCCUCCGCCGUCUUCGGCGCCAACUGCAACCUCUACCAUCAAAGCUGAGCCCGUCGAGUCGGUUCUUCUGCAAAGCGGUAACCAAGCUUCGGUUCCCGCAGUCACCAAUGAUCACGCCUCACUGGUUCAACCAGCUGUUGAAACCACUCCAGCCCCUGCCGUUGCUGCUCCUCAAGCUGUUGCUGCUCCUCAAGCUGUUGCUCCCACUGAGGCCAUUCAACCUGGUACCGCUGCUCCCGAGGCAGCCCAGGCCGUUGGUGUUGCUCAUGAGCGCGCUCGAGCUGCUACUGCUGGCCCCGAGGCCGUUGGAACUGCUAAUGUUGUUCCUCAGCCUCCGCGAGCUGCUACUGCUGGUCCCGAUCCUAUCUCUAACAUCAAGCGGGAGCCACUGGAAGAUCACAGCUUGCUCACCAGCUUCUGCAGUGAGCGCAAUCCCAACUCUGACGACGAGGAAGAGGAUUCUACCGCGACAGAGGGCGAGGAUGACGAGGGCGAUGAAGAUGAAGAUGAUGACAAUGCUGAAUCAUCAUCAGACGAGGACAGCUCCCGGGCCCCAAGUGUCGACAUGGACCUUGUGAAGCCAGAGCCCGCCGAGCAAUGAGUGACUCUGACAUUCGUGGGUUGCUCGCCAGCUGUUCAUAUUACGCUGUACAUGAUUGACAUUUGUGGGGCUAUGGGUCGUCGAUGGUCUGGUCGGAAAAAUAAUGGAAUGGGUCAUAAAGGAUGUGAUGCCACUUAAGGGCGUUCCUGGCGUCAUCGGAUAUGGCAGGAAAAUAUGGCGGUCUUGUGUGGUUUAUAUUUGGGCUUAGGUG